AUGCCCACCACUACUCCCAUACUCAGUCAAUCUGUAAAUCUCAGUACAACAUUAACUCCGAAUAGUGAUAGCGUAACUAAUACAAAUGGUUCAACAAUCACUGAAACAGUUACCACGACCGUCACCGGUACGGGUACUACAACCACUGGUACAGGCGACUCAACAACUGCUACAGGCACCACGACUGUCACUGGCACGGAUACUACAACCACUGGUACGGGUAGUACAACGACUGGCACUGAUACCACAACUACUGGUAACGGCACCACGACCACCACCGGCACAGAUACUACAACCACUGGUACGGGUAGUACAACGACUGGCACUGAUACCACAACUACUGGUACAGGCACCACGACCACCACCGGCACGGAUACUACAACCACUGGUACGGGUAGUACAACAACUGGCACGGAUACUACAACUACUGGUACAGGCACCACGACCACCACCGGCACAGAUACUACAACCACUGGUACGGGUAGUACAACAACUGGUACUGACACCACAACUACUGGUACAGGCACCACGACCACCACCGGCACGGAUACUACAACCACUGGUACGGGUAGUACAACAACUGGCACGGAUACCACAACUACUGGUACAGGCACCACGACCACCACCGGCACAGAUACUACAACCACUGGUACGGGUACUACAACAACUGGCACGGAUACUACAACUACUGGUACAGGCACUACGACCGUCACGGAUACUACAAUCACUGGUGCAGGUGACACAACCACUGGUACUGACACCACAACGACUGGCACAGGCACCACGACCACCACCGGCACAGAUACUACAACAACUGGUACUGACACCACAACUACUGGUACAGCCACCACAACUACUGGUACAGCCACCACAACUACUGGUACAGCCACCACAACCACUAGCACUGUUACCACAACAACUGAUACUGACACCACUUUAUCUACGUCUUCUACAACUACUUUUAAUGAGAGUUUUAAUGGUACAGCUAGCACCGUGAUAGGAAAAUCAGACAACAUUACAGUCUCAGUAACUGGUUUUGGUGUCAUUACAAAUAUCAACAAGUCGCUUGUAAUUUUCAUUGUUUGUUUAUUUUAUCUUUUGUAA